AUGUAUUCGAAAUAUAUUUAUUUAAUUGUUUAUCUAAGUAUUUUUCUUCAUGUAAAAUCUCAAGAUGAUGAUUAUGAAGAUUAUGAUGCACAACAACAAAUAAAGACAGAACCAUUGCUUUUCUCUCGUCGACCACAAUCUGCGCAAGUUCCACUUGGUAAUCAUGCUAUAUUUCAUUGUAGUUCAUCAUCAAGUCCAAUAUUUUGGUCAAAAAAUGAUACACCGAUAGGUACUAGUUCAAAACAUAGAAUAACUAAUGAAUAUCUUCAAAUUUUAAAUAUUGAUGAGAGUGAUGAAGCAGUGUAUGCUUGUACAAUACGUAAUGUAAAUGAGAUCAAAACAGCAUCAGCAAAUUUAACUGUACUUUUUGCUCCUCGUUUCACACCAUUACCAGAUACAUAUCGUGUUGGAUUAAAAAAUGUAUCUAUUCAAUUACAAUGUAAAGUUCGUGGUAAUCCUAAACCUAAAAUUACUUGGAUAAAAUCUCAUGUUACUAUUCGACCAUCGCAUCGUAUGCAUUUACUUGAUGAUGGUCAAACAUUACGUAUUAGUCAAUUACGAAAUGAAGAUUCAGGUCUUUAUACAUGUAAUGCAGAAAAUUCUCUUCAUCGUAUAUCUGCAGCAACUGAUCUUCGUGUUCGAGAUCCUACUCCACCCUUCUUUUCUCGACGUAUGUCAAAUUUAACAACAUAUGAUGGAGCAUCUGUUGAACUUGAAUGCACAGCAACUGGUGAACCUGAACCAAAAAUUGAAUGGUUUCGUGAUAGUGUUCCUAUUCAUUAUAAUAUGCAUUAUAUACUCAAAGAAGAUGGAUCACUUAUACUUCCAAAUGUUACUGCUAAUCAAUCUGGUUAUUAUCAAUGUCAAGCAAAAAAUUAUGCUGGAACAGAAAUUCAUUCAUUUUGGGUUUCUGUAGUUAAUGAUAAUCAAAUAACAGAUGAACUUAUUGAUCGUCUAGUACAACAAGCAUCGAUAGAAGUUAAUCGUGCUGUUGCCGAAACAGUACGUCAUUUACAAGAUAGACGUCGACCACGAACACCAGGAGAUUUAAUGUCAUUAAUGAAAUUUCCUAAGCCAUUACAAUUAACAUUAGCUAAAACAGAAGAUAUUUUUGAACGAGCAUUAGAUCUUGUUCAUCGUUAUGUUGAUAAUAUAACAUUUUCAAGUGAACAUUCAAGAAAUGAAAUGCGUACUAUUGAUUUUCGACCUGAUCAAUUACUUACAUCUCGUCAAUUGGAACGUCUUGCACUUGUAUCUGGUUGUGUAAUGCAUCAAUUAAAAUCUCAUUGUAAUGAAAAAUGUAUGGCAUAUCGUACUUCUGAUGGAACAUGUAAUAAUUUAAAACAACCAUUUUGGGGUGCUUCAUUAACAGCAUUAACACGUUGGUUACAUGCACAAUAUGAGAAUGGUUUUAAUACACCACGUGGUUGGAAUGCAAGUAAAUUAUAUAAUGGUUAUAUAUUACCAUCAGCACGUGAAGUUUCAUCACGAUUAAUAGCAACUAAAACAAUUACACCUGAUCCAGCAUUUUCUCAUAUGCUUAUGCAAUGGGGACAAUUUCAAGAUCAUGAUAUGUCAUUAACGGUACAAGCAACAAGUAAUACACGUUUUUCUGAUAGUUUACGUUGUCUAUCAUCAUGUUCAUUUGAACCACCAUGUUAUCCAAUACGUGUUCCUGAUGAUGAUCAUUUACGUGAAGAACGUGGUUCAUGUCUUGAAUUUGUUCGAUCAGCAGCUAUAUGUUUAAGUGGUGAAACAUCAUUUCUUCAUUUACCCUAUCGACGUGAACAAAUUAAUUCAUUAACAUCAUUUUUUGAUGCAUCAAAUAUUUAUGGUUCAACUGUACAAGAUGCUUGGGAUUUAAGAGAACGUAGUUCAGGAAAAGGUCUUCUUCGAGUUCAUAAUACACCACAAUUUCCAAAAGGUUUACUUCCAUUCAGUACUGAUACACCAGUUGAUUGUCAACGUGAUCGACAAGCAUCACAAAUUGGUUGUUUUCUUGCCGGAGAUCAUCGAGUUAAUGAACAAGUGGCUUUAAUUGCUAUGCAUACAAUUUGGGUACGACAACAUAAUCGUUUAGCGAAACGUAUGAGCUCAAUAAAUGGUAAUUGGUCAGAUGAACAAGUUUAUCAAGAAACACGAAAAAUUAUUGAAGCACAAUUGCAAAUAAUAACAUAUAAACAUUGGUUACCAUAUAUUGUUGGUGAUGAAGGUAUGAAUAUGCUUGGAACAUAUAGAGGAUAUCGUCGAAGUGUUAAUCCAACAAUUGCCAAUGUUUUUGCUACCGCUGCAUUUCGUUUUGGUCAUGGUUUGAUUAAUCCAGUAUUUUAUCGUUUAAAUUCAAGUCUUGAACCAAUUCCGGAAGGAAAUCUUCUUCUUCGUGAUGCAUUUUUUUCACCAUGGCGUGUUAAGGAACAAGGUGGUAUCGAUCCACUGGUACGUGGAAUGUUUGGUGUACCAGCAAAAAUUAAAUUACCUCAACAAAUUCUUAAUGUUGAAUUAACCGAACGUUUAUUUCAUGUUACACGUGCAAUAUCACUUGAUUUAGCUGCAGCAAAUAUUCAACGUAGUCGUGAUCAUGGUUUACAAUCAUAUACUGCAUGGAGAAAAUUUUGUAAUCUACCACCUAAUGAAAUAAAUGAUUUUGAUGAUUUACAAAAUGAUAUUAAAGAUGAGCAAACACGUCUUGCAUUACGUGAUGUUUAUAAACAUGUUGAUAAUAUUGAUGUUUGGGUUGGAGGAAUGCUCGAAGAUAAUUUACCUGGUGCUAAAGUUGGACCAUUAUUUCGUUGUUUAAUUGUUAAACAAUUUAAAAAUCUUAGAGAUGGAGAUAGAUAUUGGCAUGAAAAAACUGGCAUUUUUACAACUGAACAAAUGAAAUCAUUACAAAAGACAACAUUAGCUAAAGUACUUUGUGAGAAUGGUGAUCGUAUUGAUCGUAUACCACGAAAUGUUUUCUUAAAUGCGAUGUAUCCACGUGAUUAUGUAUCAUGUUCAAAUAUUGAUGAUGUUGAUCUUGAACCAUGGCGUGGAUGUUGUAAAGAAAAUAUGGAUGGACAUAAUGCAAUUUGUAAUACUCCAGCUAUACUUUCAUUUGAUCCAUUUCCUAAUUAUCGACCAUCAACAAUUGAUACUGUUACACGUAAAAAACGAGAUAUAAAAGAAGAAAAUGAACAAGAAGAUGAACAAAUAACAAAAGAUGAUACAUUAGAUUUACAAAAACUUCGUCAACAAGUUGAUGAUGUUUUAACAAAGUUUGCAACAUUUGAUAAACGUUUAACUACUGGUACACAUUGUUAUGAUCAAAAUACAAGAAAAAUACAUAAAAAUGGUACUAAAUGGCAUGUUCAUAAAUGUCUUGUUUGUCAAUGCAAAGAUGCAACAAGUUCAUGUGAAGUUGUUUGUUAA